CUCGUUCCUUAUAGAAAAUUUUAUGGUCGUCUUAUCCUGCUCGUCAUUAAUCCAGAGCUUCUUGAUCUAAUGCUCCUAUAAUUCCUAUCAACUUCUUGUCAACUUUGGAAGUCAACCGAGAGAUCAACCACCAUUCAGCCUACCAAAGUCACCAUCCAAACCAACCGGUCCUUCAUUUAUCACAACAAUGCCCCGUCUCCCUCGAAUCUCCCCCAAAGCCCUGGCCCCAACCUUCUUUUCCCUCAUCUCUUUUAUCCUCAUCAUCCUCUUAAUGGCGAUCGGCUCCUCACCCAGCUGGCAACCUUUCGCCUUAAUAUCUAUCGACACAACCAGUCUCAAGGUGGCGUACUAUACUGUCACUGGAGCUGGCCUACCAAUCCACGACGCUUACAGUCUACAUCUGCAGACGACGUGUGAGAGCUAUCUAUUUGAAAUGCAGGAGAGCAGGAGGUUUGUGAGCGUAAGUUGCAUGGAAAAGGGCACGGAUGUCAAAUUCGAACCUCUUACGCUAAUCCAAAAUGACCUUACCACGCAUUUCAGUCGUCAUACUGUUCAGUCUCUCCGUAUCCCAGCUGCAAUUCAGGAAAUAUUCACCAAGAGGUAUAACGCCAUUCUACACAUAGCGUUUAUAAUCUACGUAUUUGCUAUCACAUCGACCGGUAUAGGGUUCCUGCUUGGUGGCGCCGCCGCUAUGGAUGUGAAUGUGCCGGGAAAGGAGGGCAUUUUAGGGCUCGGGAGUGCAGCCUUGUCAACAAUACUUCUCUUCGUGGCCUCCAUCAUGACAACCGUCAUUCAAUCCAACGCCACGUCACUUAUCAACGCAGUCGGUGCUCCCAUCGGCAUCUCUGCCUUUCACGGAUCUGGGUUUAUGGCUUUGACGUGGUGUUCGUGUGUUGCGAGUCUGCUUGCGGCGGGUGCGUGGCUGGCAGUUGUACAGAGAUAG